AGUGAAAAAAAUAAAAAAUCCAAGUACUUACCUUCAAGAGCUAGAAGUACUUAUGGAUCUUUUAAAUUGGAUGUUCCUUUCUUUUAGAAUUGCAGAUUUCCAGGAUGUCCUAAGGGAACCCAAAAUUGCCCUGGGGAAGCUUCGGGAACUCAGUUUCAGUGGGAUCCCCUGUGAGGGUGGACUGCGCUGCCUUUGCUGGAAGAUUCUUUUGAACUACCUCCCUUUGGAGAGAGCUUUAUGGACCUCCAUCCUGGCCAAGCAGAGGGAGCUGUAUUCCCAGUUCCUGAGAGAAAUGAUCAUUCAGCCUGGCAUAGCUAAAGCUAACCUAGGUGUCUCUAGAGAGGAUGUCACCUUUGAAGAUCAUCCACUCAAUCCGAACCCUGAUAGUCGGUGGAACACCUACUUCAAGGACAAUGAGGUGCUGUUGCAGAUAGACAAAGAUGUCCGGAGACUAUGCCCAGACAUAUCCUUUUUCCAGAGACCUACAGAUUAUCCCUGCCUCCUUAUCCUAGACCCUCAGAAUGAAUUUGAAACCCUCCGGAAGCGAGUGGAACAGACUACAUUGAAAUCACAGACAGUGGCAAAAAAUCGGAGUGGAGUCACCAAUAUGAGCUCACCUCAUAAGAGCCCAGCCCCAAAUUCACUAAGUGAGUAUGAAGUGCUGCCCAAUGGCUGUGAAGCUCACUGGGAAGUGGUGGAGCGAAUUCUGUUCAUCUAUGCCAAGCUGAACCCGGGCAUUGCUUACGUCCAGGGCAUGAAUGAAAUUGUGGGCCCUCUCUACUACACUUUUGCCACUGAUCCCAAUAGUGAAUGGAAAGAACACGCUGAGGCAGACACAUUUUUCUGCUUCACCAACCUGAUGUCUGAGAUCCGGGACAACUUCAUCAAGAGCCUGGAUGACUCCCAGUGUGGCAUCACCUACAAGAUGGAAAAGGUGUACUCCACCUUGAAGGAAAAGGAUGUGGAGCUCUACUUGAAGCUGCAAGAGCAAAACAUCAAGCCACAGUUCUUUGCUUUCCGAUGGCUGACUCUGCUGCUGUCCCAGGAGUUCCUGCUUCCUGAUGUCAUCCGCAUCUGGGAUACCCUCUUUGCUGAUGAUAACCGAUUUGACUUCCUUCUCCUUGUCUGUUGCGCCAUGCUGGUAUUGAUCCGGGAGCAGUUAUUGGGAGGAGACUUCACCUUGAACAUGAGGCUGCUUCAGGUGAGUGACCUUCCCGGUGAUAAGUAUCUGAAGCAAAUUUUCUGCCUCCAACUACAAUUCUCUUAUUAUCUUGUCAGACUGAUAGAUAAUACAUUCUCAAAUAUGGACGACCAAUGAUAGAUUGGCAGAUGUCCAAAAACAGCACCAUAGACAAGCAUUGUUAAAUCAGUUACUUGGGUUAUAUCCUUUUUUCUAUUUUUUAAAAAUAUGGCCAGAUAUUUCUCUCUUCACCCCAUAACUUUUAAAAACAUUUUUUGGUCUUGAGUAGAUCUUUUUCCUUAACCUUUUUGAAGGAGGGGCCUUUUUUUUAUACUAUAGUUCAUUAUUUGGUGCAUUGUACAUGCUGCACCUAUAUUAGUAUAUGCAUACUAAACAAACAGAGCUCAUUUGAAACCACAGAAAAACUGGAAAUCAGAGCAGAGUGUAGUGCCAGAUUGGCUGUUGGAAAAGAGGCUAUGGUCAUGUUCAUUUACCUUAUAGAGGAAACAUAAAGUCUUGAUGUCCCAGGAGAUCAGCUUUGCCAUCUGUUGAAUGGAGAUGCAAACAGGGUCUAUUUAGUGUGAAAUUCAAUUGGAUGAGUUACCUAAGAAAGCUGGUGCUCAUCUAAAUUGUGUGCUGCAUUUUAUAAAAGUCUUUAUUAGUAUUCCUCAUCUUAGCAGCAGUUUCCUCCAGCCCUUGAAUUUUUUGUUGAUGGUAAGGAUUACAUCCAUGUACAAACCUCUUGUUUUCAUCCUUCUCCAGGAUUACCCCAUCACAGAUGUUCAUCAUAUCCUACAAAAAGCCAAGGAGCUCCAGGACUCGAAGUAGGUCGGUCAGAGCUCAGGACUCCAACUACUUAAGGAAAGGCCCUAUGGUCAGGGCUGAGUCUGUGUCAGCCCUUGGAGACUACCAGAAGGCUCCGCUUUGCCUGGAGCUAUUGGAGCAGUAGUACAGUUCAAGCUGAUUGAAUACCCUGCUCUAAGUAUCAUUCAUCCCCAUGACCCAAUCAGCACCUCUGAAGCAGCUCCAUUCUUUUAUAAUUUUUAUUUUCUUAGUUUGACUCUUCAUUAUCUGUCUGCUAUUUCCUGGUCAAUUUCCCUACCCCCAACACACUCCGCGUCUUAUCAGUGAUUUCUUCCCUGCUAUUUCAGGAUUGGAGCCAGCCAGGCUUACUUUCUUUAGGAGGAUUCUGUUAGGUGACUGGGCUAUGUGGAGGUUGACAAGGGUCCCUUCAUGAUUCUACCUCCCUAUUCUUCCCUUGGUCCUGCUGCUGGGGAUCAUAAUUAUUGCUUUUCCUGCAAUAUCACCUUCUAUCUUGGGAAUGGGUGGGGAAGUAAAGAACUGUCCAGAGGCCCUUCAUUCCUUCUCUUAACAGGGAUUUUGAAAACACCUCCUCUGAGAAAGCAACACUAGAGAAUCACCAAGAGGCUGAUUAUGAGGAACUUUUUUUAUGCUCUUGUUGUUUCUCUCUUCCUUCUCUUUCAUUCUUCUGUUUUGCUUUAUUUUAUUUCCCCUACCAAUAUGAUCAAAUGAAUUAGAUGAAUAGAAUCACCAGAUAGUGAAUCAUGUGAUGACACUAAAAACCCAUUUCCAGGAAGCCCAGGACAAUGUCAGUACUCUGUCAGUAUGCAGUCAGUAUGACUACACAGGUUUAGGACCUUCUACCCUAAAGUUCCUCACCUUCAAACCUCUGCCCACCUUUUUUGGCAGGUAUAAAGUGUUUUCUGAAUUUGGCAGGCCUAGGAUUCCUCACUGUCCAAUUAAAGAUCUCUGUCUUUGAGCUCAAGAUAGCUAAGUUUUGUCCUAUGGCUAUUUUGAGCCUGAUGCCAACUAGAAAAUCUUUGUUGCUUCUCUUCCGUUAGUAGUUCUUGUCGUUAGCACCCUAAAAUGGUACCACUUCUCAGGAAAGGGCUUAAGGACCAUGGAAAGCAGUAUAUCUCAUUUCUUCAGUUCAAAUCCAGGGUUUAACUGGAAAUGAAAAGUUCUUAAUAGGAAAAUGGCUUAGAAUUAUUAGCUUAUACUAUUGGGAAUAGGAAUAAGAUAAUGAGGAAACUGGAAUCAGUAGAAUGUUCCCACUGGGAUCAGUUGCUGACUUCAAUCAAUUGUUCAUAGGCACUUAUUGUAUUUACAUUGGAGUUUAUCUCCAAAGUGAUUUCCUGAUGCUAAUGCUAAGGACUAAGGAGCCUGAAGGUGCUAGUACAGGGAAAUCUGUUUACUUAGGGAAUAAGCCAGCUCUAUUGGCAUAGACACCAAAGCAGGACACUCUUAGAAGGCUUUGCUGGUCAGCUGGCUCUAGCUUGGCCCCUUUGGAAGCCACUUCUCCCCUUGUAGUGGGUGAAUGUGUGACUUUUGUGCAAAAGCAUGUUAUUUCUCUUUGGAGUUUGUAUGUAUGAUGUUAAGAGACAAUAGAAAGAAUAAGGUAUUAUUAUGGGGAAGGUACUAAAUUUUGUGGGUUUUUUUUUUUUUUUUACCCUUUCCUCUAUCACAUGCCAUCCAGCAGGACCAGGGUCUUGGGUCUGACUCUCCAGGCCUUCUCCCCAUUGUGUGCCUCUACAGGUGUUUCUCAAGCUUGAAUUCUGCCAUAUUCCUGAUAAGAAGACAGUUACUUUUGCUGGUCCCCAUUAUUGGUCCAGGGUCUUCAUUCUGUUUCUACCAGGGUCUUCUCAAUAAGCUUCUUUCUUCUGCUUUUUGCCCUUCUAGCUCUAUUGGUAUCUGGGAGACUUUACUAAAACUCCAUUAUUUAUUGCAAAUGAGUAGGUUUGGUGAUGGAAUUGAAUGUAUGACCCUUAUGACUUGUCAGAGUUUCCAGAAGAUCCUAGUACUUCGCUUCCCCUGUUUUAUUUUUGUAGCAGUCUGAUUACAGUUUCUGACAGUCUCUGCCACUUUUGUAGUCUUGGUUCUGAAAGAAGAGGGAAAAAAUAUAUAGAUGAUUUCCUUCCUUUUGGACUCCCCACCUCAUGGUACUUGUCCAGGUAGUUUCCUGGAUCAUUCCUUUUAAUUACUUCUGAUUGGAGCUCUGGAGUCUUUGGUACUCUAAGACAGUAAGAAGGCAAGUUGAACAUAAACAGCUUGUAGAAGAUAUUCUUCAUUUUCCACCCUAUCAUCAAGUUCUGUCUGCUGUCCUAGAGAAUUUCAAGGGAAAAGGCACACACUUGAAGUACUUCUUCCCCUUUAUUGGGUUUGAAGAAAAUGCAUUAUUCUGUCACUAAUUUUCCUCCUGGAUGACCCUCUCUAAAACUCUGAAGAAAGCAGGAAGGAAACUGAAUCAUGUUUUCUAAGUCUGACCCUCUUAAGAUUGUCCACCAGCUUUUCUCAUGGAGUAUUAGAGUAGGUGGUCCCUUCUCUGGUUUUUCUUUUUCCUCUUCCAAGGACCCUAGACUGGAAAAAUAUUCUGCUUUACCUUACAAUAUCAGGAUUGUACCUCAAUAUUUUUAUGGCCUGACAACUUUGGCUCAGGGGUCCAGCCAAGACUGCCCAGAUAUGCUCAGACACAUUCCCUUCUUGCCUUCUCCAGGCCUAUGCUGUGCGCUAUAUAUAUGUGUGUGUAUAUGUAUGUAUGUAUACUCUUCUAACAAAAUGUUCACCCCAGAAGCCUACCACCACUCUACUGCCCUCAGCUUUCUUGCCCAUAAAAGUAAGACUGGGGAUAUAAAGAAGAUGUUGUGUUAGCAAUGAGUCAAGCUGACAGAGGUUUAAAUUGGGAAGUGUCCAAACCAUUGGUCUUAUUUGUUGCAUACCUCGUUUUCCUUCCCUUUGAUUAAGCCUUCAGAUUCAAAUUGUAGACUCAUGAAAAUGGUCAAGUCUACAGACCUGAGUCCUAAGACAGGGGUCUCCUAUAAAGGCUGGUACCUAUAGCAUUGGGUGGCUAGAGGCAAGCCUUUCUAUUGGAGAAAUUCCUCAAGAACUGGACCUAAGGCCCCAGCCCACACAUAAAAACUUUUUCCAAUUUUGUGUGUGUGUGUGUGUGUGUGUGUGUGUGUUUAUGUUUAUGAUAUCCAGUACACUUUUCUUUGGAUUGCUCAGAAUGUCUUUUCUUUUAAAUUUUUUGUUUGUUAAUCAGUGCUGUUCAUUUCAACUUGUCUUAAUAAAUCAUGUGUCUUUGCUUUGCAACAGA